CUUCCAGAUCUCGAGAUUAUAUUGAGAAGCUCGGGGAACUCCGGCGAACGAUCUCCGGCGAACUCGAAGAUCUCCGGCAAAUUCUGUGAUCUCGGUGAACUCGGCGAUCUCUCGGUGAAUUUGGCAAUCUUCGACAAACUCCGAGCACGACUAAGCGAUAGUCAUGGAGAUUAGUAAGUUCUCUCAAUUUAGUUCUUUUGAAUAUAUACCUGAACAGAGAAGCGGAGGAGGAACUAAACAGAGCGAGAGCAGAAAUCAAAGACAUGAAGAGGGUCCAAAAGGAACUCGAAGAACAGUUUUAUAUGGGCAAUCGUCGGUUAGAGUUGGUCGAGAAAGAUAGAGACGAAGCUAUCAAAAAAAUUGAAGAGCUUUUGAUAGAUCUAUACCUGGACAAGGGUGAGUCAUCAUCACAUUCGCCUUCAUCCUUGUUGCAGUGGUCUGUUUCCAACGAGCCUCCCCCAUAUUUCAUCUGUCCCAUUUCAAAGGUCAGGACUCGAACCUCCACUUAUUAGGCAGAUGUUUUUUGUAGGAUCUUGACUUGGCUUCUGCUCAAUAGCUCAACUAUAGUGUACUAAGCUGACAUGUCCAAAAGUAACUUUUUCAUUUUGAUAUUUGUUUUGCUCUUAUAUAAUUCAUUUCCAAUUUCUCGUGAUUGUAAGAGAUUAUUGCAGCUGAUGGUUACACUUAUGAAGCAGAUGACAGAUCUGAGGCUUGAGAAUCACAAGCUAACACCAAAUCUUGUUCUUCGUUCAGCUAUUAAACGAGUGGUUGCAACAGCACCCGUAUUUCUUUGAUUUUCCUUAGAGAUAGAUAUUAGUUGUUAUGCAUUGACUUGUGUUUUAGCUACCACCCGUUGACUUUACUGUGUCCACCGUAGGAAAACUGAAACUGUGAACAAGAAGAAUGUUGAGGGUCACCACUAACCAUCCUUGGUCUCUUUCUGUCAGAAGCUUCUUUGUUUUUCUGUUUUUUCCUUUUCACUUUACAGGGGAAACGAAGACAGAACAGAAAGACAAAGGUGAAGAACAACAAUGGCGGAACUCAUGGCCAUGGGAAAUGAUGUUGUUCAUAUUGCUGUGAAGAAUGAUGUCAAAGAGAGCAGGUCGACUCUGGUUUGGGCUUUGAGGAACCUUGGUGCCAAGAAAGUCUGCAUCCUCCAUGUUUAUGAGCCAAAAUUUGCUUCUCCUACUGCACGUAAGCUUGAAGAACUGGAUGCUAUCAUGUACGAGACAUUACAUGAUUAUUUUGACAUCUGUCAACAAGAAGGGGUGAACGAGGACGAUAUUUACAUAUCGUGUAUAGAGAUGAACGAUGUGAAGCAAGGGAUAUUAGAACUCAUCCAUUAUAGCAAAAUUAAGAUGCUUGUUAUGGGAGCUGCAUCAGAUCAUCAUUAUUCAGAGUACGCAUUGGAAAUCUGUUAUAUUCUUAAAUCUCUAAGUUCACUCUUGUUGACUUGACAGAAAAACUCAAACAUAUUAUGAUUUUGGGUUUUAUAUUGAGAUUACUAUAUGGUGUGAAUUUUUAUUUUUGAGUGGUUAAAGAUUGGAAUGCAGACUUUAUAUGUUUGA